GUUUCAAAGAAAUGCUUCGUCGCUUGUGGAAAAAAAAUAGAGAUUAAGUCUCCGGUUUGGUCAGUUGCAAUUGACUUCGGUUAGUCUUCAGUUCAACUCGCAGUGAGUGUGAUUCAAUUUUGUUUCAAUUUUUAAAUGGAAUAAGUUCACCGCCAACAUGGCAUCAAAACAAACAAAAUUAAUCUGUUUCCUUUCAAUUUUAUUUGUGACAAUUUAUCAAGUUGAAUCAGUAAAAAAUGUACUUUUACUUGUUGCCGAUGAUGCCGGCUUUGAAAUGGGUGCAUAUCUAAAUAAAUAUUGCCAAACACCGAAUCUAGAUGCUUUGGCAAAAGACGGUUUACUAUUCAAUAACGCUUUCACUUCGGUUAGUAGUUGUUCGCCAAGUCGAGCGCAGAUACUUACCGGUCAGGCGAGUCAUCAAAAUGGGAUGUAUGGCCUGCAUCAGGGAGUUCAUAAUUUUGAUGUUUUCAAAAAAGUGACGUCAUUGCCGAAUGUACUUCGAAAAAGUGAUAAAAAUAUUCUGACUGGAAUUAUUGGAAAGAAACACGUGGGUGCUGGAGAGAAUUUCAAAUUCGACUACGAACAAACCGAAGAGAAUCAUUCGAUCAACCAGAUUGGACGGAAUAUUUCGAACAUAAAACUUUAUGUGAAUGACUUUCUUGGAAGAGCUGUACAGGAAGAGAAACCUUUCUUUUUGGUAGUGGGAUUUCAUGAUCCACAUCGGUGUGGCCAUAUUACCCCACAGUUUGGAGAGUUCUGUGAACGAUGGGGUUCCGGUGAGGAGGGGAUGGGUGUAAUUCCUGACUGGCGCCCAAUUUAUUAUGACUGGAGGAACUUGAAAAUCCCCGAUUGGAUGCCACAAACUGAAACAGUUCAAAAGGAGCUGGCUGCUCAAUACAUGACGAUUUCGAGACUCGAUCAAGGAGUUGGGUUAGUUCUUAAGGAACUUCGAAGCCUUGGACUAGAUAAGGAAACUUUGGUUAUUUACACUUCGGAUAAUGGUCCACCGUUCCCGAGUGGCAGAACGAAUCUCUACGAUCGUGGUGUUCGUGAGCCAAUGAUAAUUUCUUCUCCCGACACAGGCAAACGAAAAAAUCAAGUGACUUCAGCAAUGACAAGUUUAUUAGAUGUCUUUCCAACAGUUUUAGAUGUGUUUGGUAUCAAAACAAAUGCCAGUUACACUGGAAAAUCACUUCUUCCACUUCUUGACAACGAACCGGAACCAAAUAAUAAUGAUACUAUUUUUGGUAGUCAGAAUUUCCAUGAAAUCACUAUGAACUAUCCAAUGCGGAUGAUAAGAAAUCGUCGUUAUAAACUGAUUCAUAAUCUUAAUUAUUGGAGUUAUUUCCCAAUUGAUCAGGAUUUAUACACUUCUCCAACGUUUCAGGAAAUUUUGAAUGCUACAAUUAUGAAGCAGAAAUUACCUUGGGUUAAGUCAUUGGAAAGUUAUUAUAAAAGACCCGAAUGGGAGUUGUAUGAUUUGAAAAUGGAUCCAUUAGAACGAUGGAAUUUAGCUUCGAAGGCAAAGUUUAGCGAUUUGUUUAAGAAUAUGAAAUUAAAUUUGUUUAAUUGGCAAGUUAAAACUAAUGAUCCGUGGAGAUGUUCACCACAUGCGGUGUUGCAGGAACAGGGUAUUUAUAAGAAGAAUCCAGCUUGUUUGACAUUAGGUCAUGAGGAUUUGUAAGAAGAAGUUUGAUAGUUUAUAAUAAGAAUUGCAGAACAAUAAUAAAUUCUGGUAUUUAAAAUAGUUUUAAUUAAAUUU